UCCCGGUGCUCUAGUAGCCUCAGGUUCCUUCACGCUGCGUCCUUCGUGUCCCCAGCGGCACUUGAGGUCCUGAAACUUCAAGCGCUGCGUAGAAGGAAAACUGUCAAGGAAUAUUUUGUGUCUCAGGAUGUUACUGUGCUUGAGAGGCUUGAGUCGUGUGAGUGCAUGUUUUGGCCGCUUAACGAGUGGAAAAUCUUAAAUGUCACAUAAUUUCCCGUGUUCAUUGCCCGUGAGUGCGUUCAUCUGCCCCACCGCUCACGUUCCCUCGCCCUGAACAAGAACGCCGCAUGACGCUCACAAAAACAGAUGAAAGGAGCGUUGCGUCGCGAGGAGCGUGUGUACCUGUCGCGUACCUCAGCAGCUGCAUGUGAAAGUCCCUCCUGAAGAAGUGCGGGGGUUGUUUUAGUGAGUUGGCGGGGCGGCGGCAGGAGCGGCGGAUGUCUCUGUCUCCACGCGGGGGAGGAGUGCGGCGUCUCGAGAGUCUUGAAGUGAGUGAAGCAACGCCUGAGGAGCACCGGGAACACAAGAGUCUUGCCAUUUAAAAAAAAAGUGAAGCAGAGUAACACACCAAGAAAAGCAACAAGGAAUAAAUGAAAACAUCAUAACCACACAAGAAAGAAAGGAAAACAAACAAAAAAGAUACAUUUCUGAUCAGAUCAACUUUAGAAAGUCACGAAUUCACUGCGAAAAAAGGAAACGCAAGGCACACUUACUAACAAAAAAAAAAAAAAAAAAAAAAAGAAGAAGAAGCAGUAGUAACUCACACACAAUAAAAAAUCAAAAUUGUCAAAAGUAACUUCGAAGAAAAAUAAUCGAACCAUUUUAUCAUCACCUUCGAAACGUGACAAAGAGAAAAUAACUGAAAAUCCCCAUAUAUACUUAAAAAAACACAUGCCUAAAAAUCCAUAAAAAGAUCUCACUCGCUGCAGUAUCAACGUGGGAAGUGACAUGAUCCUCCUCUGAAUCCUCUUAUAAGUGUUUGGAUUCCCCUUAAGUGGCAUCAGACCCUCCGUGCGUGACUUACUUUGCCCCGCGAGUGCGUAGCUUCCACACAGCCACCAUGGACGAGGGGGAGGACUAGUCUGAAGGAGGAGGAGGAGGAGGAGGAGGAGGACUGUGAAGUGAGAGUGAGUGAGAGGAAGAGGUUUCGUGGAUGAGAGUGAAGUGUCCUAAGCAGUCAUGGUCACCCUCAUGAUUCUCGACAUGUUCAGCUCGCGCAAGUCGGGCGGCAGCAGCGGUAGCGGGGAGGUCGGGCGGGGCACCCCUCGCCACAAGGGGGCGGGAGGGAGCACCCCGCGCCACUCCCGCAAAGGACGUGACCACCGGGAGCAGCAGCCGCCCACCGUCAUCUCAGCGCCGGAGAUCGGCUACGACAACAUGAUCAGCAUGGUGGAGUUUGACCCCGGCAACCGAGAGAUGGCCGUAGACGUGCCAGACUCCUUCGUGGGCCGCACCAAGACCCCGCCCAGAUACCCACCACCUAAGCCCCAGGGCCAGACCAUCACGCCCAUCCACAACAAUAACAACAACAGCAGCAAGAGUAGCAGGAAGGGCGGCUCUUCGGGCACCGCCACGCCCCAGAAUGGCACCCUCCCCAAGUCAACGCCUACCCCUCGCAUCCCCGACCAGCCCCAGCGGUCUCCCCAGCUGCCCCCGCUGCCUCUGGGCCAGCAGGAGGGCCUCAUGCAGCAGCCUUCCACGCAGGACGAGAUGAACAGGAUAAGGAAGUAUGAGGAGGAGCUAAAACUUCGCCGGGAGAGAGAGGAGCAAGAGGCAAUGCUGAGGACGUCCCUCAGGUCCUCCCAGAAGCUGCAGCAGCUGGCCAACAAGCCGGUGCCCUCAGGAGUGGUCAAUGAGGCCUUCACUGUGGAGGACACGCAGGCGGCAGCAGCAGCAGCAGCAGCAGCAACAGCUGGGGCAGCAGCAGCAGCAGCGGGAGCAGAGGUGAAGCCAAGUGGAGAGACCCCAAGCAAAGUCAUUGGGAUCAACGAGCUGAUUCAGUCCCUUCAGAGGAUCCAGACAGUCCUCAAGUCAAAUGGCCACAGAAUCAGCGAGGACAUGACCCUGGUGGCCCAGCUCCUGACCAACCCAGAGUUUCAGAAGGUGCUUGCAGUCCACAACAAGGUGCAAGAAACCUGGUGUUUGAACAGACCUCCAACCCCUGUGACAGACAAUGCUCAAGGCUUGGUGGCAGAGUGUCUUCAGGAGCUACAAGAAUUUUCCGUACCUGAGGCGGCAGAGCUUAUAGACAUACUUAAUAAAUACUCAAUGGAGGGUCUUCUCCACGUGCACGACUCCAUUGCUGAGCGGGAGCCCCUGCCAGUGGGGAACCUGCCAGAGGAGGAGGUGCUGGACAGGGUCACAAACUACCCCGAGGAGAGCGUCAAGAUUGUGCGCAUCGACAAGACCAACGAGCCCCUGGGUGCUACAAUCAGGAAUGAGGGAGAUUCAGUGAUCAUUGGCCGCAUCGUGAAGGGCGGUGCGGCAGAGAAGUCUGGUCUCCUUCAUGAGGGUGACGAGAUCCUGGAGGUGAAUGGUGUGGAGGUGCGAGGGAAGUCUGUCAAUGACAUUUGCGACAUGCUUGCAGGCAUGACAGGGACCCUCACCUUCAUCAUCAUUCCCAGCGCACAGCAACCCACUACCUCCCGCCCACCUCUCUCUCAGACCAUCCACGUCAAGGCUCACUUUGACUAUGAUCCAGAGGAAGACAUGUACAUACCCUGCAGAGAACUAGGCAUGAGCUUCCAGAAAGGGGACAUCCUACAUGUGAUAUCCCAGACCGACCCCAACUGGUGGCAGGCAUACCGGGACGGUGAGGAGGACCAGACCCUUGCCGGCCUUAUCCCCUCCAAGGCUUUCCAGCAGCACCGUGAGGCGAUGAGACAAACUGUGGUGGGUGACAACAACAAUAAGGAGAAGACCAAAAAGGGCAAGUUGUUAUGUGCCAAAAAGCAUCAAAAGAAGAAGAAAAAGAAAAUGCUCUAUCCAAAUUACAAUGAAGCACGCAGCAACUCACCACUCCCACUGUCAGGGCUGGGGAAUCCCUGUGCCGACAUAAGUGACUCAGACAAGGCAGGAGCUGCAGCAAGGAAUAGGGUGUUAACUGUGAGGUUUGCUCUGCCACACUGCCGAUGCAUGAAAGGCAGCACGAGGAGGCGCAGCUACUCCAUGACUGACCUGGAUGUCGACUUUGACUCAGAGGAGAUCCUGACCUAUGAGGAUGUAGCACUGUACUACCCCCGGGCCAACAGGAAGCGGCCCAUUGUCCUCAUUGGCCCACCAAACAUUGGCCGGCACGAACUGCGGCAGAAGUUGAUGGAGGACAGGGAGAGAUUUGCUGCCGCCAUUCCACACACAUCUCGGGCCCGAAGAGAGACAGAGUGUGAUGGGCAGGAUUACCACUUCAUCUCCCGGACACAAUUUGAGUCGGACAUUCUGGCUCGCAAGUUUGUGGAGCACGGAGAGUACGAAAAAGCCUACUACGGGACCAGCAUAGCCGCCAUCAGGGCCGUUGUGAACUCGGGCAAAAUCUGCGUACUUAACCUUCACCCUCUGUCCCUCAAGAUCCUCAAGAGUUCUGACCUCCAGCCUUUUGUAGUGUUUGUAGCACCACCCUCACUGGAAAAACUACGGCAGAAGAAGCAGAGAUUAGGCGAGCCUGUCAAGGAUGAGGAGCUGAAGGAGACCAUAGAGAAGGCUCGCGAGAUGGAGGAGCAGUACGGCCACUACUUUGACCUCAUCAUCAUCAACCAGGAUGUGGACCGCGCCUACCACCAGCUCCUGCACGAGAUCAACAUGCUGGAGCGAGAGCCUCAGUGGGUCCCGGCAGCCUGGCUUGCACACGACCAGUGAUAAGUACUGUUCCCGGGUACUGUAGUGCUUCUAUGGUGCCAAAUGUUACCCUGUGCUUCCCUACAGCCAAAGGUACAAGACACCUUUGUGCUGCUGCCCUUGUGACUCAUCCCGUGCUGGAGGUCAGAGAUGAAGGGCAACUGACAACUUGGUCUGUACAAUCAACACUGCGGCAAUGUGUGUGUGCGUGCGUAUGUGUGUGUGCGUCUGUGUGUGUGUGCAGGAUGACAGCCCUCUGGUGGUGACAGAGGACUCAAAGAGAAUUUCAAAAAGUUCUGCACACUGUUAGUGGUGGACGUUCCCCCACACCCCCUCCCCAAAGGUUGUGUCUGUGCCGCUCACUCCUACCGUGUACAUUUCUAGAGGUUACCACGACACGCCACAAUGGAGUAUUCAGAAAAGGAGUGGACAGAGUCGAAGGCGUGACAUUUCACCCUCCCUCCCUCAUCCCAUUUUAUGUGGACCUUCUAAUUUAGGUGAUGACUUCCAAACCAAAGCUUCAUUUACAAAAGGUGGGAAGUUUAAGCUCGCUGGGGGAAGGGAAGGACGGACAUUGCCCAACGACAAGGAGAGUGCAAGGCGGGACGGACUCAAGAAGUAUUAAGCGGUCCACCUUUUGUUGAGGUGGCUCAUGUGUGUGAUACUAGACCAACUCUAGAAACACGUUCUUUACCCUUGUAAAGAAGUCUUCUCUUACUUUUAUCGAGUUCAUGUAAUUUUUUUGUUAAUUAUCAUUUCUAUUAUAUCCUCAGUUGUACAUAAAAUGCUUUUCAUUUUGUUUUGAACAUAUAUAUUAUAUCCUUUAUUAUCUGUACCAGGAUUUCAGUCCUCCUUGUUAACAUCCCUCCCACAUUCUGAUCAGAGAAUAUACUGAAGCUCAUGUUUCUUCUAUUUAAUGAAAAUAUCUUAAUGUUCCAUUAAGAAAACCCUACUGAAUGUAUUUAACAAAGAUAAUGAUUAUAUGCUGGUUGGAAACAUUGCUCAGUUAAUCUAAUUUUUCUUUUAAUCAUGGUGUGCAAUAGGAAAAUUCUGGAUAGUGAGGUUUCAAAAUAACUUAUCUUUUUAAAACCACAUUAUUUCCAAUGAUCCUCAGUAAGUGUCUUUAAUGUAUAUAGAGGUGCCAUAUUACUCCAUCAGAGUUGUCCCAUAUUACAUACAUGAUGUGAAUCCAUAUAUCUGCAGUGUUAAGCAGCAAUAAAACCCACUCACUACAUACACAAACUAUUUUCUGUAAAUUCUUCAUUCUUAUACUUUUGCAAGACUUUCUUCCAUCAGCCGUUCUCUCACCCAAUAACGUGCCCUUGUUUCUGGACUCAGCCGUGAGCAAGGUCAAUGUCUGAGUGACGAUAACAUAAGCACAAGUUUAUGAAGAGUCGGUUAUUUCAUCAUUUACAAAGACAGUUACAAUAAUGACAACUAAAAAAAAAUAAUUAACCAAAUAUUUCAAUGUUCCCCUGCCCUCUCUGUCUCCUCCCAUUCCCAUUUGUGUAACUCCUGUAUAUACUUGUUGCAAUCUUCCUAUGUUCAAUUUGUUGUAUGUAGAAACAAUAUAUGCCUCAUUAAACAAUUAUGAUUCCUAAAAAUAAAUGUGUACACCAGCCUUUGAAA